AUGGACUCCCAAAAAGUCCUCAAGCUUGACCCUAGCGUGUUUGACCCGGCGGCGAUAUCAGAAGACACAAAAGCAUUCAACCACAAGCUGAUGGAUAUCAUGAGCCAUGGCCCCAAAUGGUACGAGGUUGGUGCCAAGCGCUACCGUGAAAUGCGUGCCGCUGGAGAGACACCCCUCCCCAAGGCUACGUACCUCGACACGGCCGAGGACUUCAGCAUUCCCAGCCGGGACCCUUCGCGAAGCAUCCCGUGCCGGAUCCUGCGCCCACAAAACGGCAAGCCGGUCAAAGCCGUGUUUCUGCACAUCCACGGUGGGGGCUGGGUCCUGCAGGACCAGAAAUCCCAAGACCCGGCGUUACAGGAUAUCGCGAACGGGACGGGCGCGUUGUGUUUCUCUGUCGGGUACAGACUUGCCCCUGAGGAUCCCUUUCCAGCAGGACCGGAGGAUUGCUACGACGCGGCGGAGUGGCUGGUCGACCACGCCGAGGCCAAGUUCGGUGCGCCGUUGGGCUUUGUCGGCGGCGAGUCGGCCGGUGGACAUUUGGGCAUGCUGGUCACGUUGCACCUCUUGCAGCAUGCGAAUCCGAAGUAUGCCGGUUUCGCGUUCAAGGGAUUGUUGUUGCACUUUGGCUGUUAUAGCAUGAUCUGGACGCCGCAGGUGUACAACUUCCAGAGAACCCCGCCUUUGGUCUUGGAUCGGGACCUGAUGGAUCACUACAUCGAUGUCUUUUUGCCUGGCAAGUCGGAUAAGGAGAAGCGACAUCCUUCCAUAUCGCCGCUUUUCGCGGACCUGGAACCGUUACGAGGGAGGCUGCCUCCAGCGUUGUUUACCUGUGGUACAGAGGACUGUCUGUUGGACGACACCAUGUUUAUGAGCGUGAAGUGGCUGAUGGCUAAUGGAGAGGCUGUGGUUAAGAUCAUCCCAGGCGCACCUCAUGGCUAUAUCAUGUUUCCCAGGAGUAUGAAAGGCAGUGGAGCCGCCGAGGGUAUGAAGGCGGUCGAAGAUUUCAUGCUAUCAAAACUGACAUGA